AUGCAGAUUUUCUCCGCGAUUCUAGGUCUUGUUGCACUCACUUCGUCGACGCUGGUAGACGCCGCUAGCCCUGGCUAUCGAUCACUGCCGUGGGACGGCCGCACGUUCAACUUGACCGUCGACACGAUCAACGACAAGUACCUCACGCCUAUCCUGAUGCAACGGAACGGAGGCCAAGACGGCAACCCCGUCGACUACGUUUCAGUCCAGUACCAAGCUCGCCCAUUCGGGUACAACGGUGACAGCGGCCAGCUCUCCAUUGGCGUGGACGCGAACGCUAUCUACAGCACGGACAAGGACAACAUCGAGGGGGCUUCGGACGGCACGACGUUCUUCCGCGCCAGCGCCAUGAAAGCCGAGGCGUUCCUCAACGCGUACGACUGGAGACUCAUCUUCCUGGGGUCGGACCUGUUCCGCAUCGGCGUCGACGCGUCAGCUAACCCGCCCAUUGUGUACUACCGGAUCAACGGCAACGAGCGAGGCCAAGUGGUCGACCGACUUCGCACCUGGCACCUGAAGUCGGCGGGCGGCAACAACAUGGUGCUGGAGUUCUACACGAGCACGGGCCAGGACGAGCUGGCGCUGAAUGUGACGAGCGAACUACCCGGCCAGCUCCGCGUCCUCCACGACUUCCACAUCGGUCUCUUCACGCAAUCUUCAGUUGGCAGCGCACCAGCGAUGAACGCCCAGCAGGAUGUGGUUUCGUUUAGCGGUGUGUCGGUAGAGGCCACGGCUAUUGAUGCUGGAGCUCCGACUCCUGCCCCCUCGAUGGCCGUGACGAGCGCCUCCUAG